AUGGCACCAUUAAGCCUGACCGCGCUCACGCCCAAAAGGCAAGAGCAGCAUCAUCUAUCUUUCGAAACUGCAUCUCUAGAUGGCUCUUCAAGCCCUGCUGAUACCUGCAGUACCUCUGCCUCUCCACGAGAACGCCUCUACUCUUCGCGAUUCACCUUCACUCCAAAGCGCACAAAGACAGUCCCUCGUGCGUGGGAACGACGGCCAGCCACGCCAUACAUAGCUCGAAAUGAGGCACAGAAGAUUUGGAAGCGCGUUCCGCUCAGCUCCAUUACCUUAAACUCCAACGGCUCAUGGAACAAGGCCGAGCGAGCACCCGCGACACGACAUGUGAAGAAACUCAAGAUUGCAGAGGGUGACUCGGAACAGGACAAGGAAAACAUCAACUAUGUUCCUUCGAAAUGGGACGAUGAUCGAAGAGACUCUAGUAGUCCAAAGAGAAAAAUCGCUGGAUUCAUCGCCAUUAAUAGGGAUAAAAAUACUGCCUACACUGAGGCCGAGAGCCUUGCGACAAGUGAAAAUUUAGCUGCUCGAGCCCUCGGAAAUACCGAAUCUCAAGACUCCGAUCUUUCAGACCGUGAGGAAUUUCAGCAUCUUGAUGAUUCAAAUGCUUCUUUGACAUUCGAGCAGGCCAGGUGCUCCGACCUGGACACAAGCGAUUCGCCUAUGGAAGAGGAUGAUGGUCUUUUGCAAGAUGCGCAUUCAGCCGAUGAGGUAAUGGGCGAUGGAUGCAUGGCAGAAGAUGAAGUCAUUCCCAACAUUGAGCGUCUUGAUCACAGCCAUUCUGAUAUCAUUGAAGAAGAUGUGCUAUCCGACACCUCGGUACAACGCAAUGUUCAGAUCCCCCAAAUAUCAACCGCAUCAAAAGCCACCCCGUCGGCAAGUGAAGACGAAACGGCAUUCCUCCAUGACUUUCUAUCUCGGGCUCGAGCCCAGAAAGCCGCCAGGGGACAGCCAGAACAACCAAAUAGUAACGAUGAAAAUCUUCAAUCCCUUCCCAAUGUGACGGAGAUGGAGGAUGAAUUAGUUGAGGAGCUGAGCCCCAUCGGAGCUAUGGGCGGGACGGAGGAACCUCUGAUUGGCUCAGCAAUAGACAGCACGACUCUUCCUCCAGAUACUCAACCAGAAGCCGGUCAACUCUCGCCAUGUCGACGCAGUUCAAGGUUAACAACCAGAUUACCCCGACCUCAAAAACAAAUUACUGCUGUCCCCAGUACCAUUGCUCUCAAGCGACUGACGGGAACUGAGUUCAUUUCUCAAAAUGAACUACAAUCCGUGGCUCUCAUGACUAGAACGAACACUAAGCGGAACAAAGGGGUUGCGCUAAUACCCAGACAGAGGCUCAUCCAACUUGAUGCUGAAUCCACGGCCAGUCCUGCUAAUGAAACGACAGAGAAAAACAAGAAAAAGCGCAAGAAGACGAAGGAGGUUACAUGGGCCGAACAGUUGACAAGCUUCCAAACACAUACUCCAGUGCUUCCUUCAAGUGCAGUGGAAGAGCCCGACCAGCCCGAAGUAUCUGUUGCAUCAGACACUGUUCAAGACGAAGUCCUCCCCGCAAAGAGCCUGGAAUCUGAGGAAUUGGUAACUGAGGAGGAGAAGAAUAAGAAGCAGGUCAGAAAGGUUCGCAAGCUCAGAAAAUUGAAUGUCGGGACCUUCAACGGGACACCAGCACCCAAGAAGACCAUUAGCCUACCGGUUCCAGUCGCAUCAGCAUUUGCCAUCGAAGUCCCCAAGUCCUCUCCAUUGUUGACGGGCAGUGAAGUUGGAGCAAGCAGCACUGUUCCACUUGAGGGCAAGAAGGAUUUCACAACUGCUUCAGCACAAACUAAGAGUUCAAUUCCGGGGUCUGAAACGCGGUUACAGUCAAGGAUGAGAACUCGAAAUAGGACUUCACUCGCCGCAUCGACUUCAUUGAGAUGA